ACUCUCCUCUCUGUGUCACCUCCAGAAGCAGCAUCCAUCAUGAUCCCUCGCACCUCCUCCAGCUCCAUCAAGAUGUCGAGCUCCGGUGGCUCCCUGAUUGGCAGCGGUUCACGAAUGUCGAUGAAGGCCGGCAGCAUAUGCGGCGGGGCUGGAGCCUCUGGGGUCCGCAUCUCCUCUGGCAGGGUUUCAAGCCUGGGUGGUAACUUUGGUGGUGGCUUCAGUGGUGGCGUCAGUGGUGGCUUCUCGUCCUCCAUGAGCUACAGCGUGUCUGGCAUGGACGACAGCCUGAUUGGCAACGAGAAGUUCACCAUGCAGAACCUGAACGACCGCCUGGCCACCUACCUGGCCAAGGUGCGCUCGCUGGAGAAGGCCAACGCCGAGCUGGAGCUGAAGAUCAGGCAGUUUGUGGAGAGCAAGGUCGGCCCCACCACCCGCGACUACAGCGCCUUCUUCGUCACCAUCGCAGACCUCACCGCCAAGAUUCAGGCUGCUCUUCAGGCCAACGGAUUGAUCCACCUGAACAUCGAUAACGCCCGCCUGGCCGCUGAAGACUUCAAGACCAAGUUUGAGAAUGAGCUGGCCAUGCGUCAGUCAGUGGAGGCCGACAUCGCCGGGCUCAGGAGGGUCCUUGACGAGCUGACUUUGGCUAGAGCUGACCUGGAGUUGCAGAUCGAGGGCCUGAAGGAGGAGCUCAUCUUCCUCAAGAAGAACCAUGAGGAGGAGCUGCUGGCCAUACGGUCUCAGAUGAGCGGCCAGGUGAAUGUGGAGGUGGAAGCUGCUCCUCAGCAGGACCUCACUAAGAUCAUGGAAGAGAUCAGACAGCACUAUGAGGCUAUUGCUGCCAAGAACCAGAGGGAGCUGGAGACCUGGUUCCAGAACAAGACAGAGACUCUGAACAAAGAGGUAGUCACUCAGACCGUCACCCUGGAGACGUCUCGGACAGAAGUCACAGAGGUCAAGCGUACGUUGCAAUCUCUGGAGAUUGAGCUGCAGUCCCUGUUGGGCAUGAAAGCUUCGCUCGAGGGGACCCUGGCAGAGACACAAAGCCGCUAUGCCAUGCAGCUGUCUGGGUACCAGAUGCAGGUGACGUGCCUAGAAGAGCAGAUGGUGCAGCUGAAGGCUGACCUGGAGAGACAGGGACACGAGUACAAGAUGCUGCUGGACAUCAAGACCAGGCUGGAGAUGGAGAUUGCAGAGUACAGGAGGUUGCUGGACGGAGAGAGUAGCACCAGCGUCAGCACCUCGUCGUCCUCGAGCUCUGCGACCAGGCGGGUGGUGACUGUGGUCGAGCAGGUGGUUGAUGGGAAGGUGGUCUCCACUUCUUCCUCCACUUCAAACUCCUCUUUCAAGCUGACCACUUGAGAGUCUGUGGAUGGCAGCAGCCAAUCAGAAGUUUUUCUGUUUACUCAUGUUCAGCAGAGAAUCUGACCCGACAAUAAAAUGAGAGUCCAAAAAACCCCACAAAGUGUAUUC